GUAGUAGAACUUCUGGUUGAGCUGCUCUUCAGCGUGGCUGUGGCCUGCGCGGUGUCUGGGCCAGACUCGCUCUGCUGCGUCAUGCAGGCCAUCCCACAGAGCACGAGCACCACGAUAAACAUUCACCAUGAGUACAAAAGUCAGAGCGGCUGUGCUGACAAUACAGUUCAGCGCACAACAGCAGGUUAGAAGGCGUUGUAGGAGCCGGUGAUCACCAGCACUUCACAGCUCAGCAUGGCCCAGCUGGAGAGCGGCGACGUUACCUUCUCACAGGGUACACGCAUGCUGUUUUAUCUGAUGACGCCGAAUGAGACUUCAUUCUCAGACGUGGACAGCGUGCCGCGGUACGUUCAGAAGGCUACUCCUUUCUUCAUUGGUCUGGUCUUGUUAGAGGUGUUUGUGAGUUGGCUGAAAACUGGAGAGCUGCUCGUCAAAAUCAACGAUGGAACCACAUCUCUCUCAGCAGGAAUGAUAUCCAGACUACCCCAUGUCUUUGUGAGGAGUCUUGAGGUGUCCAGCUACAUCUAUGUUUGGAAUAACUAUCACAUACUGGAGCUACCCUGGGACUCUGCUUGGACAUGGUGGUUGGCAUUUCUUGGUGUGGACUUUGGAUAUUAUUGGGUUCAUCGAUGCUGCCAUGAGCUGAAUAUUCUGUGGGCCGCUCACCAAGUUCAUCACAGUUCAGAGUACUACAACUUGACCACAGCGCUGCGGCAGUCUGUCACCCAGCAGUGUGCUUCAUGGGUUUUCUACCUUCCAAUGGCAUUAGUAGUUCCGCCGUCAGUUUUUGCUGUGCACAUUCAGUUUAACCUGCUCUACCAGUUUUGGAUCCACACUGAGAUCAUCAGAGAUCUUGGUCCUCUUGAAUGGAUCCUAAACACUCCCAGCCAUCACAGAGUUCAUCAUGGACGAAACCUUUACUGUAUCGACAGGAAUUAUGGAGGAACUCUCAUUAUUUGGGACCGACUCUUUGGAACCUUUACUCCAGAAGGUGAUAAAGUUGUGUAUGGACUCACACGCCCUAUUAACACUUUUGACAUCCUCUCUGUCCAGUUUCAUUACUACUCUUACCUGUGGGAGCAGUUCCUCAAAGCUGACGGUAUCGGACACAAAUUGUCCAUCAUCUUUAAAGGACCGAGCUGGGCUCCAGGGAAGCCUAGACUGGGGGACCAUGCAGAAGUGCCUAUAGUCACAGGAGAGGAAGUGCCACACAAUCCAUACUGGUCACUUAGACUGCAAGUCUAUGUGCACAUACAGUUCCUGCUUGUACUGGGCGUUUACAAUGACUUAUUUGCAACACAGUAUCCGCUGUCUCAGAUGACCAUCCUGCUGAUAACUGGCUACAUACUACUUACACUCACCUCCCUGGGUUACAUUAUAGAGCAAAGACCUAAUGCUGCUGUGUGGGAGGCGCUGCGUUGUCUGAUCAUGAUGGCCCUCUAUAGGUUUGGCUAUGUCGGCCCUGUGGUGUCUCAACUGGCUCUGGCCACUGAGGUUUUUGUGUCUCUGUCUGCUCUUUACUGGGGCGUGCAGUGUUUCACCCAGCUGACAGGCAAGGAGAAGCACCACUAAGUGUUAAAUGAACAGACAAAAAGUGAUGCUGUUAUGCUAUAUUCUGAGUAUGCAGUCUUUAAUUGUAUGCAUUAGUUACUCUGUAUAUGGUAUAUUUUUAAUUCUGGGAUGUUUACUGUGUUUCCUGAUCAUAACAAUGCACACAAUUAUUCAAAUAUAAGUGCUAGAUAAUCAGCAUUUGGUACAAUAUUUUAGGUAGAUUAUAAGUGAGCUACUAAGAGUCAUUUAGCUUUGCUGGCAUGGCAGUGUACAAAUAGGCUAUUAGCAUUACAUUGCAACCAGUGAGUACAAAAAAUGAAAUGUCUUUUGCUGGCCUUUGUGCUCCUUGUGAUACUGUUAUACUGCCAUCUAUUUUUUUAUGUUGGCUGAUUUAAGUAAUAAAAAAGUCAUUAUAAUUUAAUGCACAAUUUAAGCCAUACAAUAAAAUGUAUAUUGAUAUUAUACACAAUAAUAUGGGGGAUUAUUGAGGGAUAUAAGAUUUUCAGUAUGAUUUGUAUCAGACGUAUCAAAACCAAUGAGUAUAAGGGCUUAAAGGGGAGCUUCACCGAUUUUUUUAAAUCAGUGGUUGAGAUGUAAACAAAGUCAUUCAGAGUGGUUGGUUUGAAAAACUUAGACUUUUUACAGAGAUUUUAUUUACAGUGGUGGUGAUAGGAUCCAGAGGUCAUAGUGUCUACAAAACAAAUAUAGCCAUUUUAUUUACAAUCCAAAACCACUACUGAAUUUACACGAGUUUUUAUUUGUAAUCUUGAUGAAAAAAUAUAUUUUUCUGGGGACUGUUUUGCCCCUCUGCCAUGAAUGGAUUAAGAUAAUGGGUUAAUAAUAAUAAUGUUUUAGGCUGAAAUGUGAUCACAAAUCUAUCAUAAAACAAUGUAUCAGGCAUCAUACGUCGUAUUCAUAACCAUUCUGUGUAAUAACUUUCU